AAACACACUUCCCAUCACCACCUUUCUUCUGCUGUUGUCGCCUGUAUUCCUGCUCUACGAUUGUCGUCUUUAGUAUCAGCUGUAUUUGCACGAUAUAUCGGUCUUUGGUUGAUAAAAUAGUUCAUCAUGAGCUCACCCUUCGACAUCAAUGGUGGUGCCUGCGUGGCCAUGGUGGGAAAAGACUGUGUCGCAAUCGCCUGUGAUCUUCGACUGGGUAUGCAAGCCCUGACGGUAUCCAACAACUUCCCCAAAAUCUUCAACUACGCCCCGUCCACUUAUCUCGGUCUAACGGGCCUCGCAACUGACGUAACCACCGUCUCCGAUCUGUUCCGCUACAAGGUCAACAUGUACCGACUUCGUGAAGAACGACACAUUUCCCCACAGACGCUUGCAAAUCUCGUCAGCUCAAGUCUGUACGAGCGACGAUUCGGUCCUUAUUUCGUGUCUCCUGUCAUUGCGGGAAUCAAUCAUACAACUGGGAAGCCAUUCAUUUGCGGGUUUGAUAGUAUCGGAUGUAUCGACUUUGCCAAGGACUUUAUUGUCAGUGGCACAGCUAGUGAUCAGUUAUUUGGUACUUGUGAGGGACUGUGGGAGCCUGAUUUGGGCCCCGAGGAUCUUUUCGAGACUAUUUCUCAGGCACUUUUGAAUGCUGUCGACAGAGACGCACUCUCCGGCUGGGGUGCUAAUGUCUAUAUUAUAGAGAAGGACAAGGUCACAAAGAGAUUACUGAAAGGACGACAAGAUUAGACAGGUCGUUUAUCCAAUUUAACCGUUUCUCACCACUUUUC